CUGUCCAGAUGUGCUUCAGGUCUGUAGCCGGUUAGCUAACGGUGGAAGUGAAGCUGCUCAGUGUUCAUUUAACGUCACCCCUGAAGCUGCUCAAUGUGAAACGUGAGAAGAACAGGCAGUUUCAGGUUAAUGAUGAGUCAUUUUUAACGGGAUGGUUUUUCAGCAUCUCACUUUCGUUAUGUGUCGUUCAUUUUACUGAUUAGCCGUUUAAAUGUAAGGGGAGAGAUGUAAUGACUGAAAUCCCCUCUGCUCCUCUUGGGUGGCUGUGUUUCGGUUUCACUCCCUCUCUGAUGCUGUUCCUCCCUCUGACACAGCUCUAGUGUCACCUGAUUACAAAGUUACCGACACCGAGGUGGAUAUCUUUUUUAUCACACAGAAGAAGAACGGACAUUAAGUCCAUGAACAGAAAGUAACGUCUGAAUAAUUGAACCGAGUGUUAUUGUGUUGUCAUCGGCUGCUUCUGAAGUGAAACAGUGGGUGUAACUUUGAUUCAGCCCGUUUGAAGCUAAUGAAGGCGCGGGUGGAGUUUUUCCUUUAAACGACUGUGUCGCGAUGUCGGACACUGAGAGGUCUCUGCCGGCCCUCCGGAAGCUCAGCUAUGCGGUGGGGCACUUUCUGAACGACCUGUGCGCGUCCAUGUGGUUCACGUACCUGCUGGUCUUCUACCACUCAGUGCUGGGAUUCCAGAACACCAAUGCGGGUCUGUUGCUGCUGGUCGGGCAGAUAGCUGAUGGUAUCUGUACGCCUCUGAUUGGCUACGAGUCUGACAGAAACCCUGGAUGUGGGAACUACGGCAAGAGGAAGACAUGGCACUUAGUUGGCACCCUGAGCGUGAUGCUAUCCUUCACCUUCAUCUUCAACCAGUGUCUGGGCUGUGACUCUCUCACCCCUCAGUGGGCCAGCCUCAUCUACUUCGUCCCCUUCAUCAUCAUCUUUCAGUUCGGCUGGGCCGCCACGCAGAUCUCCCACCUGUCCCUGAUCCCAGAGCUGGUCACCUGUGAGCACGCUAAAGUCGAACUCACUGCAUACAGAUAUGCGUUCACAGUGAUUGCCAACAUCACGGUGUACGCAGUGGCCUACCUGCUGUUCCAUGUGCAGGCCAGAGAGGACGACGACCCGCUCAGCGACGCACUCGGACCAGCAGACAUCCCCAUCUUCAGGAAUCUGGCGUUGAUCGUGCUGGGCAUCGGCGCUCUAUUCUCCAUCUUCUUCCACCUGGGAACCAGGGAGUGGAAACGUGGAGCUGGAGGGGAGGCUGGAGGAGACGAGGAGGGGAGGAGGAGGAGGACAAUGGAGGAGGAAGAGGAAGAGGGGGAGUGCAGGCCACUGAUCCCUCGCCCACAGACCUCCUCAUCUCUUCUUCAGUGGAAAUGUUGGCUGCAGCAGCCGUCCUUCUACCAGGUGGCCUUACUCUACAUGUCCACCAGGUUAAUAGUGAAUCUGUCUCAGACCUACAUCUCAAUGUAUCUGAUUAACACUCUGGGGCUGCCAAAGAAGUUCAUAGCGACCAUCCCGUUAGUGAUGUACCUGAGUGGCUUCCUGUCCUCCUUCAUCAUGAAGCCUCUCAGUAAACUCAUUGGAAAAUGUCUCACCUAUUUCGUGGGCCUGCUGCUGAUCAUGGGGUUCUCCUACUGGGUGCUGGUGGAUGACAAGAUGGGUCAGAGGGUGUACGGGGCAGCGGUGCUGCUGGGGGCCGGCUCGGCCACCAUCCUGGUCAUAUCGCUUGCCAUGACCGCUGAGCUCAUCGCCGAUCAGACUCAAAGUGGAGCAUUUGUUUAUGGAGCCAUGAGCUUCACUGAUAAGUUGGCUAAUGGAGCAGCUGUGAUGAUCAUACAGGCAGUGCAUCCUUGCCAUACUGUGUUGUGUUGCCCGGCCUGUGUGUGGUUCUAUCAUUACAUCAUGGUCAUAGUGACAGGGGGCAUGGCUGUCAUCGCAGCUUUGGCCCUCUGCUCCAUCCUCAUCUGGCCAAUCAGGAUCAGACCCCGGGGUGUGUCGGUCAUCUCUGAAGAUGCAGCCAGAGUCAACUAAUAGCCCCUCCCCCACCCUCCAUCAAACUGACUCCUGCUUGGACAGGUCUCACCUGGAGGAGCAUCUUUUACUUUUCUUUCUGUUUUAGAUGAAUUUUUAGUUUUUCAGGGAGAAGUCUCAGGAGGAUUCUGAUUGGCUGCUGCAGAUUUAGCAGCUGUGUUAAAGUUACAGGAUCAAGCAGCUUUUUUUUUUUUUAACUUACAGUAACUGACAGUUUCAGUCAUUUACAGCCUGGAUCUAGUUUUUCCAUAAUUUUCCAGGAAGUCUUUGACUGCUCACAGAAUGUUAAUCACAAACAUCAGAGUAAUGUAAGUUCAUUUCAUUACAGUAAAACGAACACCUGAAGUCAGCUGAUUACAAGACGUUGGUGAGAGAGAGAGAAUUGUGAAAGAAUGAGGCGUAAUGAAAACGUCUUCCUGAUUGAGCUUCAUGAAUCGAUUGAUGGAAAAUUAAUCUAUAACUAUUCUGAUAAAGAACAAUUUUUUGUCAUUUUUCAGUAUUUACUGGCUUUAGCCUCCUAAAUAUAAAGAUCUGCUGCUUUUGUUUUAUCUUAUUGUAAACUGGAUGUUUCCUGGACUGUUGGUCCAGUGAUUUAAAGGCGUCUGUUUCAGCUCUCAGGAGAUGUGAUGAGCAUUUUCACACGUUUCUGACAUUUUAUGGAAAAAAAAUGAUGAAAAGAGAAAAAUGAGCUUUACAGUGUAGUGAUGCAGGCAAAGGAAGGUUGAUGGCAAUUAUACAGAACUUUGGAAAAUGAUGAGAAAACAGGCUCCAGGAUCAAGAAGUUUAUUUUGCAGCAUGUCUGCUGUAUUAGACCGUGCAGAGCAGCAGAGGAUACACAGACACUGUGAGCACAGCUGAGCUCAGUGUGGAUCACUCCACAUGACAAAGGGAACUAUCUCUCUGCUGCUGCACAACAUCUGAUGAGGGACAAAAACCAUGUGAUGAAGGGAACUAGAUUCAGUGUGUGGCAUCUUCAAAUGGUCCAGCUGAGAAACACCAAAGAAGAAGAAGCAUAGACCACUUUAAAUCCUGUCAGUAUUUAACAACAUCAGCUCGUUAGUGACGCUGAUGAGACAGAAAACUAAAUUCCACAAAUCUCUCCUGUGAUCUGUCAUUAAAGGGUCAUUGCACUACAUUUUCUUCAACACAACGGCACAUUGUUAAACUGCUACAUUUACAGUGGCACAGACUAUCAGUGGUCACGUGAAAACUGACCUUGAGAUCUACAGAGUGAAGCCUCGCUGCAACGCACAGAUGGCACUUAAAAGAAAAGAAAUUAACCUUGCACUAACCAUAAAUGUUACUGUUGGAGCAAAAACAAAUCAGUCAGUUCAUCUUUUCUCAGCUGACUGAAAGGCAGCCCCUUCACAGGCUGUUGGGUCAGUUAACAUGCACUUGUUAAUCUGGCUAAGAGCUUGUGUCCCAGUAAAGUCUCAUUUACUGGAGCUGUAUAGUUGUUUUAAAGCUGGUGCAGUGGGCAGGAGGGAUUCUGGGAACAACUUCCUUUUAUGUAGAAAUGUUUCUAUUUUGAUCAUUUUCUUUGUUUAUAAUCAAACCAAAUGUAAAUGAACACAACAAAUGUUUUUAUAAUCAACACAAACUGGAAAAUCAGAAUGGGCUAUAAAGUCAGUACUAUCAAUAGCAUCCAUAUCAUAUGUGAAUAUCAAUAUAAGGGAAUCACACUAGUAAAUCACCAGAGUGGGUACUGGUGUUUGACUGGAAGCUAUGGGAAAUCUGUGUUCACUUUCAGUUCAGUACAAAACAGGUCUUCUGUCAUGUAUUCUGUGUGUUUGCAGGACUUCUGUGAUUGUGCUGUUGUUUUAUAAAGGGACUCACUAAAUAAGUUUCAUCUGGUGAAACUGAA